UCCACAUGCAGCUAAACAGACUUGAUUCUUGAGUUUGUGCUGUUAACUGACUGAAGCAGCGGAGUCUGUAACUAAAUCUCAUUAUGACCAACACCAGUAGGUUGUAACACUCAUCUGAAGAACAAUGUGGGACUGGAGGAGUGUGUGGGCACCUGUUUGCUGCUUACAGACUGUCACCGUGAGGGAGCAGCGCUAAGUGGAUGUGACUGCUCUGAUUGCACUCCAUGGGAAAGCGAGAAGAAAUAGCCUACCUCUGAUCAUCAACGCGUCAUAUAAUGUUUCAGCGGACGCCCCUCCCCCUGUCUCGUUUUUUCCCCUCACUCAACCUCUCCUUUGACUCACAGAGGCGGCUCACCACUGGCACACGGACCGUGGAGGAUACGGGCAGAAGAUGGCUGACUUAGCCGAGCACCUCAAGCCGUCGGCGGCAUCACCAGCGUCACACGGGCCGCUGAAAAGCUGCAAGACAUCCGCCGUCUGGCGACUGUAAACAGCUGCCGCUGCCUCUCUCACCCCCUCCUCUCCCCUCCUCACCGCAAAUAUUGACAGAAGUAUCACAGAGAAAACAUGGCAGAGAUGGAAAAAGAGGGCAGACCUCCGGAAAAUAAAAGAAGCCGAAAACCAGCACACCCGGUGAAAAGGGAAAUAAAUGAAGAGAUGAAGAGUUUUGCAGAGAACACCAUGAACGAGCUGCUGGGCUGGUACGGCUACGACAAGGUGGAGCUCAGAGACUCUGACAACCUGGAGAUAGGGGAGACGCCACAGCACAUCUCUGUCCUCAAAGAAAACUUGUUGCCAAAAAUCCCAGCUUCAACAGAGAGUAGCGAAGGCUCUCCGGAUCGAGCCAACAGCUCGCAGUCUAUACCAGCCUCCAGGAAUGGAGUCACAGAGCCCUCCACCACACCGUCCACCUCCACGCCCAGUACCAAGGAACAUGGCAACCUGCCCAUCAUAGUCCCCAUGAUCCCUCCGCCACUGAUCAAGCCCCCUGCAGACGAGGAUGCAUCCAAUGUGCAGAUAAUGUGUGCCUGGUGCCAGAAGGUCGGUGUGAAACGCUAUUCUCUGAGCAUGGGGAGUGAGCUGAAGAGCUUCUGCAGUGAGAAGUGCUUCGCCGCCUGCCGCAGAGCCUAUUUUAAGAGAAACAAGCUGGGAUAUAUAAGGAAUUACGCUGCGAGAGACGACGAUGGCCUCGGUGGGAAAUUACCCCAGAACAGCUUUACUCAGGACACGCCCAGGCUUGUCUUCAAGACAAACAGCGAUGUGCUUGUGUGUGACUGGUGCAAACAUAUUCGCCACACUAAGGAGUACCUGGACUUUGGUGCUGGUGAGCGGAGGCUGCAGUUCUGCAGUGCCAAAUGCCUGAACCAAUAUAAGAUGGACAUUUUCUACAAGGAGACCCAGGCCGCGCUGCCUGGAGCACUGUGUAACCCAGGACAUGGGCCUGGUGGGGAGGGUAAGCUGGAGUGCAGUGGAGGGGUACAGCUGCUCACUCCUGAAUCCUGGGGAACACCGUUAACGGACCUACGUCGUAAAGCUCCCUCACCAGGGGGGCCCUCCAACACCUCUGCUUUGGCCCCUUCCACUUCUUCUGCCACCUCACCCUCAGACACUGCUGCCGUGUGCUCCCCAUCCUCCUCCUCCUCAGCCAAGAUCUCCACACCCAGACCCCACGAGAGCCCCACACUUCCCCCUCCACCUGUUCCCACUUUGCACCCACCAGUCGGUGUUCCCUCUGGUAGCCCACCCAUGGUAAUGACACCCAGGGGGCCUAUGCCCCUGCCUCUGUUCAUGGAGCAUCAAAUGAUGCAGCAGAUCCGUCCACCGUUUCUUCGCCCCUCUGCCCACCCAGCAGGGCCCAACAGCCCACUUUCAAACCCCAUCAUCCCUGGUAUUGGUCCACCCCCUCCCCCAAGGACCCUUGGUCCAGCAUCAAGCCCCAUGCACAGGCCCAUGCUGUCUCCGCAUGUCCACCCAUCAUCCAAUCCCAACCCCGGCAUGAUGCCCCCCCACCCUGGUAUCCCCAUGCCAGGUCUCCCUCCUUUCCCCCCAGUCAACAUGAUGCCCAAUGGACCCAUCCCCCUGCCCCCAAUGAUGAACUUUGGCAUGCCAUCCUUGGCCCCAUUGGUACCUCCACCAACUCUCUUGGUCCCUUACCCUGUCAUUGUACCCCUCCCAGUCCCAAUCCCCAUUCCAAUCCCAAUUCCCUUUAACCCCAAAUCUUCCAGGGACCAGCCGGAGAGCAAUGGCUCUGUCCGCGGUGCUCCAGAGUCAUCGGACUCUUCAGCCUCUGGGCCCCACUCUCCAGGUUCCUCUGGAGGUGACAGAGGGGAGCAGAAAGCAGAGCCAGCUGGUGCAGAACGUCUCUCUCCUUUACGCUCAGAAAGAAGCAGGACGGCAAUGGUGGACCUGACUGUGAAGGCAGAGGAAAAUUCAGGCAAUCUGUGUCUAACCAGCAGCCCCAGACUAAUGGACGGUGUGAUUGAUCUAACAGUGGGCCAGAGGUUGUGCCAACAGCAGGUAAUUCAGAGGAUGCUACCUGAGGUCCAGGUCAAAGUAGAGGCAGAGGCUGAAUCAAGAUCUCCACCAGUCGCUGGGCUGGGGAGGGAAGGGAAGGGCUGUCACAAUGGUGGUGGGGGGGUCCUCUCACAGGGCCUCCUCAGUGCUCCGCAGCUGGAAGGGGGCACACACUCAAACACACUGGACUCAUCGGGCCCAUCCUCCGGCAAUAACAGCCCUUCUUGCAAUGCUGAUCCUCCAGUCAGCCAGCUAAACCCCUCUAUCUCCAACCUGACCCCACCACCCUUAUCAGGCUCAGCACGGACCCAGCCCCAACCCCUGCCACAACUCCAAGCUAGCCCUGGCGCCCCAUGUAAUGUCAUAGUCAACGGAACAGGAUGGCAUUCGCUUCUCACUCCUGCCUUUGAGUCUUUCCCUGACCGAAAAGGGGACGGGAUUGCAGGAGAAGGUGAGUCAGAGGAGCAGCCAGCCAACGGAGAGCUGGAGCGUGAGGCACUGAAAGAGAACAAUUGCUCAGUUGGAGAUUGGGAGCCGGGGAAGCGGGACUCAGCACAAGACGAGAUGGUAAACACAGUAGAGGGUAAACCAGACCCUGAAUCCAGCUUGGAUGAGGGCGAGCAUGCCUAUGCCCUGCCGCUGCUGUCUACCGGAGGCUGCGUGGUCAUCCAGCCUGUGCCAAAGCCCGGUGCUGACAAGACGGCCAUCCUGUCCUGUUCCAUCAGCGCCCCUCUAUCAGCAGCCGGCAGCCCCGAGCUGGAGCCGCCGCUGAAGAGGAGGUGUCUGCGAAUCCGCAAUCAAAACAAAUGAGAUGGAUGCUCUGAGGGACGCAGUGCCAUCAACGACACUCACUUGUCCACCCCCACCUCCAAAUCCCACCCCUCCCAACUACACCACUGCACAUGUUCACGCACAUUCACACUCACACACACACACACACAAACACACACACACACUUUGUUCUUUGUCCUCACCCAUCGUCCAGUCUACCAGCACCACAAAUCGCCUUCAACGACUGAUGAGAGUCCAACCAAACAUGUUGACAUGUAUCAUAGUAGAGCGGACAGGACUCCUUUUGUCUGUGUGACAGAUACUCUAAUAGACUGAACUUCUACAGACUCGACGCCGUGGCCAGCAGGAUCGUUCCACCUUCAAACUGCAGACAGUAUAUCCUUACAACAGGAGGACUUUACCCGGCUGCUUGUCUCCUCAUUUAGAGACUCUCAGCCCACACUGCCCCCUUUACCUUAUCCACCCUCCCCUAUCAAAGCAAGUGCUCUCUGUAAUGUCUCUUACUAUGGAAUGCACUAUAGUGUCCGAUAGUCAAACUCACUGUUGGGAAAUACGCGAGGGGGAGAUUUUCAUCCCUCUUUGAAAUGCUCCUGUUUUGGUCCAGACUGAUGCCACGCCACAGGUACCAAAUCUCUGCUCCAGUAAGUGUUGUUUUUUUCUCACAAAACUUGUCACUAAGGUAUAGACUAAUUUCACAAAUGUUUGACCAUAGAGCCACAAAGCUGGCAAAAAUAGAAAUUCUGCACUAUCUUCUUGGCCUUUGCUUGUCCACAACCUGAAAAAAAAUGUACUUGCCAACCUGACACCAAGUAUUCUGGGUGAAUCUAAAGGGUGGCAGCUAAAAACAAAAAAAAAAGCAUAACAAGCAUGAAUACAAUAUGACUGAUGGGCAAUUUAAAGAGCUGGAAAACUGUCCGCGGACAAAAAAAAAUCAGCAUUUGUGUUGAGAAUGAUUCUUAUUGAAUCAGCAAACUGGAGGAUAAAAUAUUAACCUUCACCAGCAAGCAGUGGUGUGUGGGUGGAAUCAUGCAAUCUCUGCCAUUUUUCCUGUUGCAUCGGUUUGUUUGCUUGUAAAUUUUACUGAAUUUAGAUAUAUAUACUGUUACACAAGAACGAGACAGAGUUGUCAAGAUAAUCACUCAUACUAUUUACAUUUUCACGCCCUCGGGAACACGGUCUGUGUGCUUAAACAGUGAGCCUUGCGAGUAACAGUAAUACGGGCUCCUGCUGUUUGAGAACAUUUCAAGGCUUACUGCACCUCCAAAAAAACUGGGAUGGCAUGGCAAAGUAGAAACUCUGCCAAACUGCAAUGGGUACUUGCUACCGCAGGCUAGCACUUAAUCUUUUCUAUAAUACAUUACCAGUGAUGUUCCUGUCAUGGGUUAGUUUGAGACUGACUGCACUGAAUUUAGAGGGGGCAGAGGGAAGCCAGCUCUUUCAUAAAUAAUUCUUUUGGGACCUGGUGAAAAACUGCUGAAGUAAAACUACAGGAAUAUUUCAACAAUAAAAACACAUUUUGAACAUAAUUUGGAAAAUAUUUAAGCAUCGCCUCCUGUGUGUCCACUGAUCCUGCCAAGUUACUUCAUUUUUUGCCAAUUCUUUUUUUUAAGCCAAAUCUAUAGGCAGUGUUGUCCUUGAUUCAGUGUUGUGCUCUAUUGGGGCAGUUUAAGUAAAAGCAACACAAACUGUCACUGAUCCAGUUUGAUCUGAUCCACUUACACUCUGGCUUCAGCCUGUGAGCUGGGACACAGCAUUUAGUUUACACUCCUAUGGAGGGGGCACAUUUUACCAGUGCGAUACAAGGUAUUAUCAUAUGCCAAAGGCCUCUGGUGUGUUGAAACAAAACAUGUCACCCAGUUUUCAGUGGAGAUGGGACUUCAAACUAAAGAUUUGACCACAUAAUUUAUAGUUGCCAAAAUAAAAAGCACUUAUUUUAAAAGACAGAGGAGAACACAAGUAGAUGUCAAAAGCAGUAUUACCCUGUUAUCUGUCUUUAUGGUUUACUCAGUCCGUAAAGGCCUGCCAUAUGUGACACUGCGAGUAAAGUUCAGGAUUAAAAACAUAAUACAGGAGAUGAAGGAUUCUCGGUCACGUGUUACAUUAGAUGUCUACAUUGCUCUGCAACCUCCUAUCUCACUGUUCUACCUGCAGCCUUUGUUUUAUUUCGCUCUGUCAUGAUGAGACACUGUGUGAUCCAUUCUUUGCCCAAAUGAGGCCCAACAUUUACUCAUACACUUACUCACCUGUAAUAAGCAUACGUGCUGGUGUCGGAUGCAAACACACAAUGCACACAGUAAAUUUAACUUUGUGUAUGUGUGUGUGUGUGUGUGUGUGUGAGGCAGGUGCAAGCAGAGAGCCCAGCUGAGAUUACAGAGUGUUGACUCAGAAUAAGCAGUGUGCAACUCUAUCUGUUGCCUGUUAGUCAGGCAUUUAGGCUUAGCCUGCCGCUUGCCAAGGCCCAGCUUUGGUAUCACUUUGAGAAUUUCCUCGCCGUUGCUUCAUUUCUCUCCAAGCAAACGCAGUGAAAAUAUUCUUUUUAAGCUGCCUGCUACUGUCCUCUUUACCUUUUGCUGAAUUGCAUUUGGCCAUCAGUAGAAAUGCUCCAGUCUGGAAUUCACAGAUUUAUACAUGCACUACAUUUCUUAAAUUACAGUUUAUAUCAGAAGAAUAAAAAUAGAGCAAAUGAAGCCCUAUUUCGAAAUUGAUAUUUCUCUAUCAAACUGUGAGUUUUCUCAUCUGAAAUCUUGCCAGUGUAAACAUAAAAAGCAGGGUUGAUGGAAUCCAGAAACUGGACACUGUUUCUAGUGUCUGUGCUCUUUAACAAACACAUAACAAUCCAAAACCAGGGCCACAGCCAGGAUUUUAGAGGACAUGAGCCUUUAAAUUCAGCUGUGUCCUGUACAAAGUUAUUAUAGGACAUGUAAACUGGUAAAUUUUUGUCGUGUUGGUGGCAUAGAUUAAUGAUGGCCAUGUGGGUAGUAGAUUGCCAUAAAAUAUACUAAGCAGACAAACAUUAAUCAGAGCAUGCAUCCUUUCCAAUUUGGCCUCUGCAUUAGUUUUCUUCUAGCGCCACCCUCAGGACAAAAUAUCAGCUUUAUAAAAAACAAGAUCCAAAACUGUCGGAAUUCAGUUAAAGGAAUAGUUCAACAUUUUGGGACAUUCGCAUAUUUGCCGUCUUGCAGAGAGUUAGAUGAAGAGAGUUAUACCACUUGUAUGUCAAAUGUGAAGCCACAGGCAGCUGCUGGUUAGCUUAGAUUUUCAUAAAGACUGGGAACAGGGGAAACUAGCCUGGCUCUGCCCAACGCUCUAAAGCUCACUAAAUAUGUUGUCUGUGUCUGUUCUUUAUGGUAAGCUAAGCUAACUGGCUGCUGUGUAUUUCACCAAAAUGUGAAAAUAUUCCUUUAAAUUUGCCCCCCAGAGGACAAAUGCUAAGUGGUUUGGUGACCUUUUCCUGACCUUUCCUCUGGUGCCAUCAUCAGGUCAAAUUUACAAUUUCUUUCUGACGACUGCUUUAUCUCCCAGAAUUCUCUAACUGGGUCGUUCUCUAUACCAGAGCUCUCAUACUGUUUGAAAAAGGUUGAGAGGGCUUGAUUUCUAACGAGGAACUACCCAAAAUCCAUGGUUACAUCUGCUUCUACUUCUGCUUGACGCCUUCACACACACACACACACGCACACACACACACACACACACACACACACACACACACACACAUACAGACAAAACAACACGCAUGUUACGUCUGCUCCUAACCUGCACCAUGUUGUGUUGGCGUUACAAACAGUGUACUGUCCGUGUUGGAGACAGAUGCUGAAGAUAUCAAACCCUAACUCUCACAUGGAAAUCCCGGACCACUGAAUCAGUCUUUGUGAUGACAAACAGACUCGUGACAAAUCUCCAGCAUUCCUUUUUUUGAUGAUAGACUACAGGCCUUGGUCAACAGCCUGAAUUAUGCAAUGACAACUAACUCCAAACCUAAUAGAGACGAGUGGUCCACAGACAAAAUAAAACAUGACAUGACUUCAUGUUACUUUUCAGAAACAACAGAGAAGUUGCCUUAACUCUUGCUUGUAUAAUCUCUACAGUUAAGACAAUGAUACUCGCUUGUAAAGAAGACUCUCUCUUCUUUGUACAAAAUGAAAUAUACCAGAAACAACAACUUUGUUAUCUUGCUAGUGUCAAUGUAUAGAUGAUCAGCUUUUUCUGUAACUUGUAUGGACUGUCACACUUUUGCUAAGAAACCCUCCCCCCAACUUUCUUGUUCCUAAACAUCCAAUCUGUUCAACGUUUUAACUCGUGGUGGGCUGUCAAUCUUUUUGUGUACAUUUUAUAAUAUUAUUUAUUGUUGACAAGUUUUGCAUUUGCAAAUAAUUAAAAAAAAGUGAAGGUGGUUUGACCUGAGCAUUCGAUUCCAAUGUAAAUGCCUGGUGAACAGUGAAAUGCUUUUUUAAUUAUUAAAAUGGAGAAAACAGUAAUAUGA